AGUAACUCUCUCCUUCCUUUGAUUGAAAUUCUGCCUUUUCUUAGGCCAUUGCCUCACAACACACACAUCAGAACCACCUAGAAGACUCAUUUGGUAUCACAGGUCACCGGGUCUUGCCUCAGGGUUUCUGAUUCAGUAGGUCCGGGGUGAGACCAGGAAGUAAAACAUUUCCAACAUGUUUCCAGGAGCUGCUGAUGCUGCUUGUCUGGGGGCCGAACUUUGAGAACCACUCUCCUGGAACGUGUUUUUCAGGGUGGUCGGAGGCUCCCCUGCUGCAGCCUCUACCACAGCACUUGGGGCGGUGGGGGUGGGGGUGCUUGUUAAACUGCAGAUCCCCGGGCGCUGCCCUACUGAUGCCAUCUGGUGGGUGAGAGAGAUGAAACGGGAGUCUGCAUCUCACACGGGUUUGUGAGCCACCGUUCCUGGGUGGGAUGAGGACGUUUUGUUAUUUUGCCUGUUCUCAGCCUUAAUUUUUGUUAGCAUGAUCUAAUUUACUUCCAACCCAGAGCUCUGCGUGGUCUGUCUGAGCUUGACAAGCAUCCGCAGCCCUUGUUCACCAGGGACUCACCAGGGACACCAGUGCCCCUUCUUACUGGUGUGGCUUCAUCACCUCUGAGGCCUCAGCGGCCGGCCCUGUGGGGAAACAUACACAGCCGUGACUUUUCAGUGCUCAUUACAGUACAUCUGAGACUGUCAAACACCCAAAACAAAGUCCCAGGUGGUGUCCAGACCCCCAAGGAGCUCACGAUCUAAUGGGAAGCCAACGAUGACUAGUGAACGAGACCGGGCAUAAAUCAGAGGCUCAACUGUGACUUGUUGGGAAACACAGAAGGGUUCGGAAGGGAGGGAAGUUCUUGUGGGUCCGGAAAGGCAGGAUUGAUACUCUAACUUGAAAGGUGAGUAGGACCUCAGGCGGCCCUGAAGUCCAAGAGCGUCCCCGGGGGAAAAGGGACGCUAAGAGUGAACGUGACGUGAGAAGCCGCAGCUGAGCCCUGGACGGCCGAGGCCGGGGUGAGGCUAGGAGUCCUCCUCUGCCCUCCAGCCCUGAGCCUGGCUUUGUGGCUUCGUGCCUCUCGUGGGACCUGGAGCAAAAUAGCCUAAGUCUGUCUGCCCUGAGUAUCCAGAGACUUGGGUAGGGGGGAGGAUGGCCUCAAGAAUGAGCUGCUGGAAUGAGGGGAAUGGAGGUGAGAGCUUCCGCUUCUUCGGCCAAGGGAGCGCCCGGGUGUGUUGGCAGGAACUCGCUUUGAAAUCCCUCAGGGUCUCCACCAUAGCCUUGAGGUGCCGAGGCUUCAGAAAUGGAGGAAUCGAAAUAGGCUACAGGUUGUCUCUCCCCUGCCCCCCCCCAAAAAACAAGCCAAAGUUUCAAAAACUUGGAGGAUGCUUAAAAAGCCCACUGUAUACAAUCUCUCUACCAAGGCCUAAAAGUAGUGCUUUAUUGCAGAUUAUGAAUUGCCCCGCGGUCCUCUUAAACCUUAGCGUGCAAGAGGCAGCUGGAUGUUGGGAGGUAGGUGAAGAGGUGAGGUUGGGGAGGUGGGCGCCGCUCAGGCUUGCUCUCUCGCCCACUGACAGGUGAUGCUCGUCUUUGCUCCUCUGCCCCACCUCCUCUUGAUUGGGAAAACCCUCUUUCCCUCCCGGCCUGUGGUUCUCAUGUCGCACCAGGUUUCUGUAAUCACAAGUUCUCUUAAGAACCUGAAACGUGUUCACACAUAGGGGCAAAGCGAGAACUCCUCCGUUUAACAGCCGCCUUUUUCUUCCCUUUGCAGCUAACCUCCACAGGGAGCCCACGUCACCUGCUUUAUGGAGAGCAGACAGUGUUUCUCGGCUCUGGCUCCUCCAGUCCACCCCACCCGCUCCCUGCCGGGCCCUCCCAGCCUGUGGUUCCCUGCUGCCCACAUCUGGUCCGGGCUCGGGUUCUGCUCCAUUUCUGCCUUCCUUCCAAGCCUCACUGUACUCAGCACGCAUUGAUUCCACCCUGCUUUGUCUUUCUGGGGACCAGUUCUCCCCACUUAAACUGUGCCCACCCUACAAGACCAGCUUCAAAUCCCCACUCCUUCCGUGCAGCCCUUUGGCUCCUACAGCCCUCACUCGUUUUUCUUUUCUGAACUCUGUCCCUACACCCCCUCUUUAGUCCUUCCCUUGUCUGUUUCAUGCGAGUCACUCUUGCCUCUUUGGCUGUAUUGCAGGGCUCUGGGGGCGGGGGUGGGUGCCCUGUGUUUCUUCUGACACUCCCCUGUGUUUCGAGUCAGCUGAGCACAGUGGUUGCAGAGUGAUCUCGUGGCGUGGUCUGGUGGUGUGUGAACUCUUAACAAGUGUGUAAUACACUGGGAGAAGAUCGGGGGGGGGGGGAGGGCUUCUUAUUCAGAGAUAGGAAAUCGCUUGGGGGAGAGGCGGGAGCUAUCAGUCUCCUUCAAGAUUAACCCAGAGCAUGUUCUGGAUCGGGUUGGGCCAAGCUCCUCCCCGCCCACCCCCUCCACCCCAGGUGCUGGCCCCCAGCCCCACCUGGUGGGCAGCUGACCCCAUAAAAGUCCCCCAAGGAGCAGGAGGCGGCUGUUAGGAAGGGCAGGAGGAUGAGCGCAGAGCAUGGACAGCAGCAGCAGUCGGGGGGCCGGAGGGGCCGUAGUUCCGGCGAUAAGAAGUCCAAAAAGCGCAGCCGGCGCAAGGAGACCUACUCGAUGUACAUCUACAAGGUGCUAAAGCAGGUGCACCCUGACAUUGGCAUCUCUUCCAAGGCCAUGAGCAUCAUGAAUUCGUUUGUGAACGAUGUGUUUGAACGGCUGGCUGGCGAGGCUGCCCGGCUGGCCCAGUACUCGGGCCGAACCACACUGACCUCCCGGGAAGUCCAGACGGCCGUGCGCCUGCUGCUGCCCGGGGAGCUGGCCAAGCACGCCGUGUCCGAGGGCACCAAGGCCGUCACCAAGUACACCAGCUCCAAGUGACCCAGGACCUAACAUUAAUAAAGGGUGAACUGCU